GUGCAAUUAAUUUUGUAAUUAACCUAUGUUUAAUACUCCUAAUUAACGGGUGGUAUCAAACUCCCCCUGAAUACCUAUAUUUCAGCCAAGGACUAAUCCGCAAGUGGAAUCUUUUUCCAAGGGUUGAUCUGCAAACUUGUCUCCUCCUUCACCCUCACCUCUUCUUCCUCCUCACCCGCGCCGCUCCUCUCCUCUCGCGGCAGCAGCGCCGCUGCUUCCCUGCUCUCCUCCAGCCCAGAUCGACGUCGGCCGUUGCUCCUCCACCGGCCUCUGUCCAAAUCGCAGUCGCGUCCAUGUUGCUCCGCCGUCCUCCAUUCCAAAUCGUCGGCCCUUGCUCCGCCGCCCUCCGUCCCCAACUCAACGUCGGCUCUUGCUCCUCCGCCUCCGCCUCCUCACCCCGGCGCUGUGCGGGGCCACGACUGGUAGCGCUGCGGGCGGGCGCGGCCGACCCGAGACGGUGCGGCUCCGCCUCCACCACCGGCCCGCAUCGGACGUCGUUCCCACGCCCCGGGUCGGCCGCCGCCUUCCCCCAUCCCGUAUAGACGCGAGGGACGAAAAAUCGAUGGAGGGUGGCCUCGAAUCGGAGCGAGAAACGACGAAUCGAUGGAGGGUGGCCUCGAAUCGAAGCGGAGGGUGGCCUUCGUCGGCCCGCGUGUGGAUUCCCCACCUGUGGCGCGACGAGGAGUGCGUCAAGAUCCUCAAGAACUGCCACAGGGCGCUCCCGGCGAACGGGAAGGUGAUCGUCAUCGAGUACGUGCUCCCGGCAAGCCCGGAGCCGACGCUGGCGGCGCAGGGCGCGUUCCACCUCGACGUCGUCAUGCUGAACCGCCUCGCGGGCGCCAAGGAGCGGACGGAGCGGGGAGUUCGCCGAGAUCGCCGCCGAGGCCGCCUUCUCCGGCGGCUGCAGGGCCACCUACAUCUUCGCCAACGCCUGGGCGCUCGAGUUCACCAAGCAGCAGCUCUCGCUUUCGCAGUGCACAUUUCUGCUCCUCCAUUUGGCGACAUUGCCGCCCUUAUUUUUUCUCAGCCCGCCGAGUACGCGCAGCCGACGACCGGUCAUACCAAACCUUGUGACAAAAAGUUGAAAUGUCAUGCGUAGUGACCAGCAGCCUGUGUACUUGCUG